AUGAUAACGAGUCGUCAUGCAGUUAUUCUGGCCUUCUUCAUAUGGGCCACCAUAGGCUCGGCAAAUGCACCGCUAUUGUGGUACUACAAAGAAGCGGAUGGCGACGUCUGCCGCCUAAACCCAGAGCACGACUACCAGUACCUGAUUUUCAUAGGCUUGACUUUUGGGUUAGACUUUGCCUUGCCGGUGUUGACGAUCUGUUGCAUCACUUUGGGGAUAGCUAUUCAGGUUCACCGCCAGGAGGUGCACGAAGGCAGUACAGCACUGAGGAGAACUAACAAACGCUUCAUUCGGCUUGUUUUGAGCAUCCUUCUCGUGUUCGUUCUUACGUGGGGACCCUUCCAUCUCGCCUACCUACUUGCGAUGUUUCGAGUUUAUGACAAUGCGUGUCCUAAAAACGCCGCCGUGUUUAAUUUCGCCGUGGUUUUGGGCCUCUCAAACACGUGCCUGAAUCCAGUCGUGUAUCAUUUGGCUUCACUGGAGUUCCGCCAGGCGUUUUGGAACACGCUGAGGGCAAUGCGAACAAUGGGUCAAGCACCGACUGACCACGAGGCUGGGCUUGAGCUGAGGCCCCUUUCAGGCAUAUUCAGGCAGAAUGAUGCCAAUGUGACGUCAUAUUCGUGUAGGUCACCAACAUCAACCACGUGCCCAGUGUGA